AUGAAAGGUGGCAUACAUAGACAGGUAUAUGGGGCAUUCAGAGCCAAGCUGUCAAUUGCAGGGCCUGAUCACCAAAGCUACAAUUAUAUUUUUGAUAAUAUGAUAUAUAAAAAAACAGUGUCAGUGGGUGCUCUCACUCCAGUUGCCACUGCCGCUCUAAGGCAAGACUUGUCUCAUUUAUCUAAGUAUCUUAAGUUCUUAACCCGUGGUCAACAGGCAAAGGGCUCUGAUGCUGCUAUGACAAUGGGCACUGAAGCAGCUGUAUAUGCAGCAGAGGCUUCAGACAAAAAUGAUAUUCUUGAGAGGGUUCUUCCUGCAUCUGUUUCUGAAUAUGUAGAAUUGGUUAAAGCUCACAUUAUCGCUGGGCCAAAUCAUCGUUUUGCAUCUCGGCAAUUGCUACUACUUGGAUCAAUGCUGGAUUUUUCUGACUCUACAAACAGGAAGGUUGCUGGUGAAUUUGUAAAGGAGUUAUUGCACAUGCCUAUUGAUCAUGAAUUGGAUGACGGUGGGAAUGAGGUUGUCAUAGGAGAUGGCAUCAAUCUUCUUGGAGACAAAGAUUGGGCUAAUGCGGUGUCAGGAUUAACGAUGAAAGUCCAUGCUGCUUCGGGAGAAUUUGAAGAAGUAGUUCUUGGGGUUUUAGAGGAGCUUGCUCGUCCUUGCAGGGAGAGAACAGCAGACUGUACGCAGUGGAUGCACUGCCUUGCUGUGACUGGCCUCCUCUUGGUGAACACAAAGUCAUUUCGCUGGAUGCAUGGGAAGGCCAUUGAACCUGCUGAAAUUCUGCAGUCCUUAUUGCUUCCAGGGGCAAAGCAUGCCCACUUGGAUGUUCAAAGGGCUGCAACCAGGUGUUUAGGUCUUUUUGGGUUGUUAGAGCGAAAACCCAGUGAGGAACUAGUAAAGCAGCUGAGGCUCUCAUUUAUUAAGGGACCCUCUCCAAUCAGUAUCAUGGCUUGUAAGGCGUUGCUCGAUAUUGGUAUGUGGCAUGGUCCUCAGGAAGUUGACAAAACCAUGAAACAGGAUCUCUCCUCGCAACUCCGUGAUCAUACGGUGGCUUUCUGCCCUGUUAAUUUGUGUGAUACAAAGGAGGAUUUUAAUAUUGAAUUGCUAGAUCUGUUGUGUGCUGGAUUUGAGAGACAUGAUUGGGGCGAAUCUGUGGAGGCUGAUGAAAAUGAGUCAGUUCAAGCUGUUCUUGGGGAGGGGUUUGCAAAAAUUCUCCUUCUGAGUGAGAGUUAUCCUAGUGUACCCGCGUCAUCACAUCCUUUACUGUUGGCCAAACUCAUCAGCCUUUAUUUCUGUAGUGAAAAUAAAGAACUAAGGAGGUUGAAGCAGUGCUUAUCUGUAUUCUUUGAACAUUAUCCAUCUCUCUCAUUGAAUCACAAGAAAUGUUUAUCCAAGGCAUUUGUUCCGGUCAUGCAUACUAUGUGGCCAGGCAUAAAUGGCAAUGCUGCAGGAUCUACAGUAAUGGUGUCUAACUUGCGUAAGCGGGCUGUCCAAGCAUCACGUUUCAUGCUGCAGAUGAUGCAGGCUCCCUUAUAUGCAAAUGUUAGUGAAAAUCUAGAUGGUACAGUGGAUCCUUCACUUGACUUUGAGAGUGGAGAGGAAGGGCUUGCCAUACGCAUAGCUGCAGAGAUGGCAGGCUUCCAUACAAAGAAAACAACAGCUGAGAAAUCAUAUCUUUCAGUGCUUUCCAGAAUACUUGUCUUACUUCAUUUUCGGUCAUCAGAACAAGGUGCAAUAAAAUUAUUGAGGCGGCUUUUGAAUCGUGUGGCUGAAUCUGUGUUGGCUGAGAAAGAGCUUCUAAAGGAAUUGAAGCAGAUGGCGGACCGUCUUAAGGCUCUAGAUAGACAUCCAGAUCAGGAAUUGUUGCCGGACCAGGCUAAUCUUAUUUUGGAGAGGUUGCAGUUAGAUCUUGACUUUCCUGUGGAAGAGUCCACGGAAAUGCCACCUACACCAGCACCACGAUCAACCAGACCAAACCGUGCCAGAAGACGAGUGAGGCGAGACGAAGAAAUUUCCUCUGAUGAAGAAAUUUCACCUGCUUCUGUUGCUUCUACAAACCCUACCGUGAUGAGCACUCGUUCACAGAGGGCAAGCAAGACUGCAGCAAUGACCAAGAUGACUGCUAGUAAAUCUAUCAGGAUCAAUGAUGAGGCCGAAGAAGAUGUGGAGGAAGAAGGCUCAGAGGUGACAUCUGAAGAUGAUUCUGAUGCAUCUGACCAGUCACUUUGAGUGGGAGGAAUUAUAUGCUCAGGUACUCUUCCUUCAAUUACUGUAAUUCUCUAAUGUUGUGUAAUUACUAGUUGGCUUAGGCUGCGUAUUGUGUAUCUGAAGUCUUUUGUUGGGACUCUGCUAAAUGUGCAUCUCGUACGAUUAGCAGAAUGCAAGUUAUGUUAAAGUAAUUUACCCAAAAAGAAAAAAAGUUCUGUUGAAGUUGUAUAGGACCUACCUACUACCUACAUUGCCCGAUUUUUAGCAACUUUAAAUGAGUAGGUGGUUUAACCAAGUAUCACAAGAAGUCGUACACUUGAGUUUAACCCUUACCUU